AUGAAGUCAGCAACUGCAAUCAAGUCCCCCAAUGGCCAUGGGAGCGUUUACAAGGAAGUGCGCUUCUCUCCUACUCCUACCCCCGUCCGUCGCACGCAAUCGGUGCCAAACGCGCACCCUGUCUUGAACCCCCACGGUGCCGCUGGCGUCACCUACUCGAGCCUGAGCGCUAGUUAUCUCGACCAGGCGCGAUCACUACUAGACCGUCAACGAAUCAGUUUCGAAAAUGAAAAGAAGUUGUUCAAUGAGGAACGACAACUGUGGGAAAAAGAGCGGGCGUUGUUGAAGUCGAGGAUAUCGGAACUAGAGGCCCUGCUAAAAGGGCGAGGAUCCACCGCAUCGGCGACCGUGCCGCCCGGCGCUUUUGCCUCGAAUUCCUUCUCCGCCAUCAAUGCCCCUGCGCAGGUGUGGGAGGGAUCUAGCCCUGGGAGCCGGCCCACCAGGGUAUUUCCUGAUGCGGAGACGACGGACAUCCACACUCUAUCGUCGAUCCCGGAGCAAGGAGCCAAAUAUGUCUCUGCGCCAUCUUUGGAUGCUGCUCUUUCUCCCAAAUCGCAUGCAGUAGACCCCUCUACGGGCGUCAGUGUCCCUGUACCGAUCGAGAAGCUGGACAGCAAACUAGACGGGAUCACCCUCAAGUCAUCUGCCCUGCCCCCUGAAGUGAUCGCCCGCGUGAUCACACCACCAUCACCGUCGCCACUCGAAACCUCCCCGACCUCCUCAACCCGCCCCCCGAAUGAGCAUCGCAACAGUCUGAAACUGCGAUUAUCCGAGCUGGGUCCCCCAGAGUUCAACUUGACCAGGAACGCCGGCCAUACUCCCAUGGCCAAAAUCGAUCGCGAUAUUGACACGGAGCAACCGUCGCCUCAGGAGGUCCAAGAUGAGGCCAGCCCCCUUGCUCCGGCAGUGCUUCGGCAACCCGCAGAACAGUCCGAUUCGUACUUUACAGACUUGCCGGAAGACCCAGCUCUGAAGGGGCCGCUCUCCUUGUUGAACGAGGAGGAACACGACAGUAGCUUUCUGAAGGAGCUUGAUCAGAGGCUUCUGGACCAGGUCAAGCAGGUCCUUGGCCACCACCGCAGGGGCUCUCAGGAGGAGAGGGAAGAUGAAGAUGAGGCUGAGCCUCGCAGCCAGGGUGAGACCGAGGAACCUGAAUUGCGGUUCAAGAAGACCACCAAUUUUGGCACGGCUUUCGGAAAUUCG